UUCGGUUCCCAUGAGAACUGGAAGGGAUUUUGUUCAAAAAGUUUAAUUUCGUAGUAUGUUAGUGUAAUUUAUACUUAAACUAAUAUUAGUCAAAAUGUUUACAAUAUAUGGUAAUUUCCCAUUGAAAGACAAUAUAAUAUUUUUAGACUAAAUGUCACUUUUAUUUUUGGUGUUUUAUGUUUAGUGUUUUUUUCACUUUAAUCCUUUAAGUUAUAAAAAGUCUCAUUUUGAUCAAUAGUAAUUUUUACAUUCAAUAAUAAUUUUUUCAAAAUUUUCAUUUUAUUCCUAUUUAUACCAAGUACCAAGUGUUAACAAUAUAAUAUAUGAUGUGUAUUUGGACUUGUCACCAUUCUAUUCUUUUAUAUAAUAAAAAUAGAUGACCAUUUUUGUUUUAAACAUUAAUUUUUUUUAUAUGUAAGCGAAUUUAAUAUAAAAUUUAUAUUUUGAAUCGGAUGAAGAUCGUGUCUUAAAAUUUAGAACAUUUAGUAUUUCAAAAAUGAUAAAUGCCUUAUAAAAAAAUCUUACUUAAGGAACUAUUUUAAUCCUUAAUAAAUAAGGAAUCCAAUUACAACUUAAAAGACCAAUAAUUUAACAUUUUUCUUAUUUCUUCCUUAAUAAAAAAAUACCAUUUUCUUUUUUAAAAAUAAAAUAGAAGAAAAAUUAAUUUUCAACUCAGUAUUUCGGAAGACUUGCAGUUGCAUCAUCAUCAUCAUCAUCAUCGGUUCAUCGGUGACAUCACAGCACCCACAAUGGAUUCCAAUUCCAAACCUUCCGCACCACCACCUAACCCUAACCCUAAUCCACCGCCCUCGAAGAAACACCAGAGAGACCUACUGAGCCACGUGGAAGCCUACCUCGCGAAGCGCGACGGCGUAGACAAGCUCCUCAAGAUUUCGCGCUACGCCACCAAACUCAUCCUCGCCUCUUCGCUCCUCCAAUCCAACCCUACCCUCUCUCACCGCCUCAAAUCCUUCGAAUCCAGCGUCGGCGUGAGCCGGAAGGCCUUCAGACUCGGCAAAUUCGUUCAAGACCUAAACGCUCUCAAAACCACUCAUCCUCAUUCCAAACGCCAACUUUUCCUCUCCCUCCUUGCCUACGGCGGCGAAGGUUUCUACUACUUCGUGGAGCAGUUCGUCUGGCUCGCGAAAUCGGGGCUGAUCGAUCCCAAGCACGCGCGCUUUUUCCAGAAAUUGAGCGCGUGGGCGGAGUUCGUUGGUUACUUCGGGAGCGUGGCGCUCAAACUCGGGGAUUUACAAGAGAUUGCCAAGGAGGAAGCGUGUGUUGAGUCGAGCGUGGAGAUCACGCGCUUGAGAGGGAGUGGGUGUGUGGAUGAGGAAGUGCGGUUGGGGAAGUUGAGGGAGAAGAAAAUGAUGAAAAGGCUUUCUGUUGUUCAGGAUUUGGCGGAUGCGGUUAUGGCUUUGGAUGAUAUUUUGGAUGGGAAAGGACCGUUUUCGAAACCGGUUUUGAUGGCUUUGGCAGGACUUUUGUCCGCGCUUAUUAGCUCUCACAAGAAUUGGAUUUCUUGCUGAAACUUGUUGCCUGAGGAGUUGUUAUUAUUUUUACAGAUAAACAAAAAAAAAUGUAAGAAAUAUAUAUAGGUAAUAUAAUACGGUGUACGCCAAGAGAAAAUGGUCUUUAAUUGGUUGUUUGUUAUGCUUAUAGUUUUAGAUUUUUACUGAUUUAUGAAUGAAUAAAAAUGGCCAUGAUUCUAUUUGUUCUACUC